AUGUUAAAAUACAAUGUCAAUUCUGAUAUGGUAUACCUUAUUGAAGCCGAUGCCGAUGGUUUUCCGGACGUCGCUGCCUCUAGACUGAUUCUGGAACUAAAUAUGGCUGGUGGAGGUGCCGACACACCCGAUCAGAUUGCUGCUUUCAAAACUUUGCCAGCUAGGGACACUCAUGCAGCAGAGGUCACAGGAGAAACAGAAGCCGAAGGAAAAACAGAAGCCACGUGGGGAACAGAAGUCACAGGAGAAACGGAUGCCACAGGAGAAAUAAAGAAGGAAAAAAGAAAAGGAAAAACAGAAGGCAUAGGAAAAACAGAAGCAACAGGAAAAACAGUAGCCACAUUAGAAACAGAAACUUCAGGGCAAACAGAAGCCACAGGGGAAACACAUACCACAAGGAAAACAGAAACUUCAGGGCAAACAGAAGCAACAGGGGAAACACAAACUUCAGGACAAACAGAAGAAACAGGAAUUUCAGGACAAACAGAAGCCACAGGGGAAACAGAAACUUCAGGAGAAGCAGAAACCAGAGAAGAAACAGGGUCCUACAGUAAUUAUGACAUAAUACCUAUUAACGCGAUCCUGAACACAAGCCAGGGUUACGUGUCUCAUUCUCAACACACGAAUCCAGGAUAUGGAAAUCACAGAACGGAGAGUUGUGUUGAUAUCGCUCCUGAAGCAAAUAACUCCAGUGUUAAUCUUACUAAUGGCGUCCCUUUUCUGAAAGCUAGAAAUGCAAGGGAUCCUGUCCCUGUUUCUCCUUUUACUCACACAGAAGAUUCAGUCCCUGUUUCUUCCCCACUGAAUCCCACAGAAGAUCCGAUUCCUGUCUCUCUUUUUGCUCCCACAGCAGAUUCUGUCCUUGUUUCUUCUCCGCUGAAUCCCACAGAAGGUCUUGCCCCUGUCUCUCUUCCUCUUAUUCCCACAAAAGAGCCUCUUCCCGUCUCUUCUCUGAUUUUCACAAGUGGCCUUUUCCCCGUCUCUCCUCUGACGCCCACAGAUGAUUCUGUCCCUGAUUCUUACUCUUUGUCUCCCACAGAUGAUUCCGUCCCUGUCUCUUCCUUUCUGAAUCUCACAGGCAAUCCGGUCUCUGACUUUAUCCCCAUGACUCCCACAGAAGAUCCGGUCCCUGUCUCGCUUCUGACUCCCACAGAUAAACCUAUACCUAUAUCUUCUCCUUUAACCCCCUUAGAGGAUUCUGUUCCUAUCUCUCCUCCCCUGACUUCCCCUCUAAUUCCCACAAAUGCGCCUAUCCCUGUUUCUCUUCUGGCACCUACAGAUGAUUCUUUCCUUGUCUCAUCUCCUGUGAUUCCCAUAGAUGUUACUAUACUUGGCUCUCCUCCUCUGUUUCCCACGGAAGAUCCUGUUCCUGUCUCUCCUCUGAAUCCCACAUAUCAUCCCACUGUUGACUCUUCCCCUUUAAUUCCUUUAGAGGAUCUUGUUUUUGCCUCUCCUUUGAUCCCCACAGAUUAUCAUACCCCAGAAUCUCCUGUCUCUUUCCCUCUAACUCCUUCUACUAUGACUGUCACAGACGAUCCUUUCCCUUCCACUUCUCCUGUGAUUUCAGCAGAUUAUCCUACUUCUGUUUCCCCUCCUCUGACUCUCACAGAUGACCCUCUCCCUUUCUCUUCCCUUCUUACUCUAAACUACCCCACAAGAUUCCCCGAGUCUUGCUGGGACCUUCUCUGUUUCGACCCCAACCCUUACUCGUUUUAUAGUUCAACUGUCUUGUCUUAUACAAAACUCAAUACGAUUCUCAUAGGACCUGAACAUUUGUAUUACAACGAGUUCGCAGAUGCAUGUCUCCGUGAGCUGCGAAUUAAAGCACAGAAUGGCAGCUUCAUUUCUAGUGAUCAAGAGGUGUAUUAUAUGAGUGAAUACCCAGAGUCCUCCCCUUGCCCAAUGACUGUGAUCAUCAAGACGUUCACAUCUGGUACACGCGUCGUCAUACCAUUCCGGAGCAGCUGGUGCGGGGCAGUAGAUCUCAACACAUGGUAUGAAAUCCUCAUCUCUUUCUAUUCCUCGAACCAAACCGACCGCAGACGUCAGCUCUCAAGAUGUUUGCUGCAGAAGUCUAAGAAGUGGAAGUACGAAUUCAGCAGAUAA